AUGCGCCAAGAUAUUGCCGUCAUUGAAACCGUCGCCUUUUCCGUCGAAGAAGUCAGACGCGUCCUCAGCCAAAUAAACCCUAAUAAGUCUCCUGGACCCGAUAGAAUUCCCGGGCUGAUAUUUAAGGAGCUAUCAACGGAGCUUUCAAAGCCUCUUUCGACUCUCUUUGAGCUGUCAAUGAAAAGAGGAAGACUGCCCUCACAGUGGAAGACAGCUAACCUCGUUCCAUUGCAUAAGGGAGGUAGCAAGAUGACAGUAAGCAGCUUUAGGCCUAUUAGCUUAACUUCGCUCCCCUGCAAAACGAUGGAAGCUCUAGUAAAGAGGGCUAUACAGCAAUUUUGUGAAGAAAAUAACAUUUUGCAGGAUUUUAAACAUGGCUUCCGGAGAGGACGUUCCUGCCUCUCAAAUCUGCUAGCUUGUCUGGAAAUCUGGACCAGGGCUCUAGAAGAGGGUUUUGAGGUCGAUGACGUAUGCAUUGAUUUCCGCAAAGCUUUGACACUGUCUCGCACCAACGUCUUCUUCACAAAUUGAGCGCCAUCGGCAUCCGAAGAGAUCUUCUGAACUGGAUUAGGGCGUUUCUGGUUGGUCGGAAACAACGUGUCUGUAUCGGGGAUGAUAUGUCAGAAUGGGUGAAUGUGACCAGUGGUGUGCCGCAAGGCUCAGUUCUGGGACCAUUGCUCUUCAUCCUUUACGUUAACGACAGCCUUCAGGAACUCGAUUGCGGCAAAAUAAUGUUUGCAGACGAUGUUAAGCUCUGGCAAGUCAUUAAGGGUCUGAAUGAUCAGAGAUCCCUUCAAGAUAAUCUGCACCGACUGCAAGCGUGGUCGAAGAAAUGGCUUCUAGAUUUCAAUGUGGAGAAGUGUGCCGUCCUUCAUCUGCGUCCAACCAACUCUCAUUCAAAUGAAAGUCUGAGGACUUAUCACCUGAAAGAUAUAAGGCUCCCCGCAGAAUCUUCACAGAAGGAUCUCGGGGUUUGGAUACAGAACAAUCUGAAACCAACACUGCAGUGCCACAAGGCUGCAAAAACGUAACGGGAGUGCUGCAUUCAAUAAAAAGGGCUUUCGUAAACUUUGAGCAAGACCUUUUUGGGGGAGUUUACGGCAAAUUUGUUCGGCCCCACUUAGAAUAUGGCAUACAAGCGUGGCGGCCAUGGCUAGUAAAGAACCAAACAUGCCUCGAACGAGUACAACAGCGUGCAACAAAGCUGGUAAACGGUCUAAAAAGCCAAUCCUACACAGACAGCCUGAAUUGUUUUAAUUUAUUCCCUCUGUAUUACAGGCAGCAAAGAGGUGAUCUUAUCCUCGUCUACACGAUAAUACAUGGCCUUGAGUAUGGACUUAAAUUUGAGGACAUGUUUCAGUGGCACCUUUCACCCAAUCCUCGUGGUCACUCAAUGAAGUUGCGGACAACAAUGUCCCGGCUGAAUCUUCGUUCUGAAUUUUUCACGCAGAGGGUAGUGGAGAAAUGGAGCGAUCUCCCUCAGUCAGUCGUAGGGGCUACGUCUCUGCAACUCUUCAAGAAACGCUUGAAUGAUUAUUUGUGUCCCCUGUUUUCCCUCGACAGUCUGAAUCUGAACUACUACCCCUGGUCCCCACAAAUAUUUUCUCUGAGACAAUGCUACUCAAAUGAAUCAAGUAAUGUUUUAAUAGUGAAUGCUUUUUGUUCGUGUACAGUUAUUUCUAACGAGCUGACAUGUAAUCAAUAGGGUUUUCCAAGGCUUUGCCUAUUAUCAUUACCAAAUUAACUGGAAAAAAAACAAACGGUAUCAUAUUUCACCUGAACUCAGAAAUUCACAUGUUUUUUCUUAUGCCGAUGAGCUUAAGUGUGUUUACCCAUAUUCUUAAAAACUGCAAACGCUUGUUUUGAAAAAAAUAAUACCCAUUUACUACGCCUAAGCAGAUAAAAUUCAAUGUGGCAGACGGUGCUUUUAUCGUCCAGGUACAGUUUCAUUUUUUCAUGCAGCCAAAAUUCCUCGUCCCAUAAUUUUUCAGAAGUACCCAUUCCCAGAAUGCGUUACCAUAAAAAACCUAAGUUUAACUUAUACAAAUAAACUUGCUCUAUCAUCUCGUGCGAAGAGAUCGCUGCCAAAUCCGCGCAUAUAUGUGAAUUCGUGUCGCACAUUUUUUUCCUUCCGGAAAUGAAGCUAAGACUUUAUCAAAUGUUUGUUCAUCUAGUCAUCAAACACUGCUGUCCUUUCUUUGGUUUAAUGAACGCCUGUGAUCGUUAUAAGGUCGAAAAGGUACAGUAGGUUUUCACCCGGAAACUGUUCUCUCAAGUCGCACACGGUAUUUCUUAUACUCAGAGAUGUCCGCUGGCGAGCAUGAAGUUUUUAUGGGAAGGAAGACUCGAAACCGGCCUUCGCCUCCUUUUUCGCAUCAACUCCAGCUCAAAUCUUGCGUUAAGUUACACUCUCACUCGGAGAGAUAGGUCUUAUGCCACGCACAACUCCUCCGUGAUGAUUCCGCCGUCUAUUUGCAUAACAUUUAAACGCUCACUCUUUUUUACUUACAAAUAUGCCUUUCUCUGCAAGGAUCUUCCGCUAAAAAUUAGGUCAUCGCCUACGCUAUAUGUAGUUAAGUUGAAAUUACGCAAACACCUUACACCGGAACAUAUAAAGGCACUUAUAACGGUCUCACUCCCGAACACUUAGCUUCUUGAUUUCGAGAAGUGUCCUCCUGGGAUUUACUGGUAUUGAAUUGGUUUCUAAAUCCGCUGCUAUCACUCCGCCCCCAAAGCGUCGAUUUUCGCGGUUCUUGAUGUCAUCUCCUCAUCUCCACCUUAAGCGGACUGUUGACGCUCACGAGGGAACCCUCAGUGUUCGUCGUAUACUAGUAGUUUGGUCGUACCUCCCUUCCCAACUCCUCGGCUGGGCUCGAAGCUUAAUGUGACCGAUCACGUAUGGUUUCUUUUCGCCUAGCCACUUUGACGCGAAAGGUCUCAUCCGGCGUACGAAUUCUGCUCUGACGAUGUCCGUUUCAAAUCCCUUAUACAAUACCACAUGCAGGUCAGUCCUGUCUGAUCCGCAUACAUACCCCUCAUGGCUGACAGUUAUUUCUGCCCUGACGGUGUCCGUUUAUAAUUAGUUAUGUAUUGACACAUGUAGGCCGGUCCUGCCCGCAUAUUUAUCCUUUUAGGAGCGACAGAUUUUUCUCCUGUGAAGUUAAUGCAAUCAUUUCUUUAUUCUAGAGGAAUUUGUUUUCACUGCUCGCUCAUCAUUUAUCUAAACAGAUUACUAAUUCAGAAACUAUAAAUUGCAUAUUGUACAGAUUCAGACUAUCAUGUCUGAAAUUCAUAAUAACAAUUAUUUUUACUUGCCUAAAAAGGACCCAGUGGGUCUGUAAAAAUUAUUUUAGUCAUUUAUUUAUUUAAGUCACUACGGACAGCAGGUAUCGCAUCGAAACGCGUGUUAGAGAGGAGGCUCGGGUAAGCUAGACCACCAACAUUUGUGAGAAAAUCUGUGCCAUAUGGCCGGGUAUGCCUGCGAAUUCAGCGACUUGCUGACAACGAAGAGGAGCCGCUUUUAAUGCAGUCAUCUCUCCUGUUGGGGAAGAUACUGAGGAAUGCAGUGUUGAGCGCAUCGAUAUGUGCCCUUCGAGUUCGGGGAAUCACUAUUAUGGUAAAAGGCUUGCAACAGAAAUUUUGGAGCUGGUGUGUACACCUGGAAAUAUGGCUGGGACUUGUACAUAGGUGCGCCAGUAUAGUUGGCAGUCGUUGUAGGGAUUGUGUGCGUCUUCUAUGUCACAAUUCAGCAAACCAUGGCCCUCACAGCCUGUUGUGUGCUGACAUCUCUCUGUCAUCUGGUUCCCUGCUAAUAGAAGCGCUUGCGCUCCAGCUGAGUAUACAGGCUGCAUGCCUGGUUACACAGUGACUUUUGUCAUUCCCUUCUCUUUGUGACCAGUUUUUGUCGUUGGUUAGAAUCCUAGUCAAGUGUUUGUUGCGCAGCAGGGAGUGUGGUGGUACGCCUAGGUGCGGGUCCGGCUGUGCCAGGCAACUGCGCCCUACCCCGUCCUCGGUCAUUUAGACAGUGUCUUGUCGCUGAGCUCAGGCGGGGGGAGGGGAAGAGAGUGCGUAAGAUAUUGUGCAAGUUUACUUCUACUUUAACUCAAUCCACACACAAGCCACUGCUCCUGUUCACACUCUGCUGUGAAGCACACAGUUGUUGCCUUUGGCAGCGACGGUCUACUUGUCAGUUUGUCUCUCAUUGUGACAAAUGUGCAUUUUUAAUGUUAAUAACGCAACGUACAGAUUAGGAAUAAAAUCUUUCAUCCUUCAUUUUUUCAGCUAAACGUUCAGUUUUCUCACAGAUAUUUCUUACAAUUUUAUCUUCCGGAAUCUGGACAUUUCCAGUCGCUAAGGUGCCUCGGUUGCACGCAUAGCGCACAUAGUCCUGUUCAGUAAUUCGCUAAUUAUACAUGUGAGCAAGUCGAUGUUUGCAUCCAUGUUGAGAAGUUGGGCGAAAAAUGUUAGAAUGCAAGCAUUGUGGGACCAUCGCUAAUUUACGUUCGCUUUCUCUACAUAGGGCACUAUCGCGAAGAAUUGGUGGUAACAUGCGCGGGAACCAAUUCGCGUUGUGAAGCGGACUGCGCUGCAUUUACCUCUCUUCUCGUGUCCGCGGUGACUGAACCCAUAUCCACACGUGCCAGAAAGAUAUCAACAACCUCAGAAUGAAGGCCAAGCUUCAUUCCAGUAUUGGCUUCUUACCCCUUGGUUUUUGUAGCUGAUCGCAUUCCCCAAUAUAAUUUUGAUCUUUCUCCAAGGCUUACUCCUCUCCACGUUCGCUUCCAAAAUGGUUGUCCCUGUCCACACUGGCAUAGUAUUCAGAUUUCAGAAAAGUAUGUUCUUAAGACUUUUACACUACCCGCCCAGCAUUUCUUAAUCGAUUUUCUGCAGGUCAGUUCCUAAAGAGAAAUUAGUCCUUACCUCUUAACUAUCAAUAAUUUGACUACUAUUUCUUCACCUCCAUAUCAUAUAUUUCUUAAUAACGUUGGUCAUAGCUACACUACUCGGGGUAUACUGGAUUUUAGAUUACUGAAUGCUCGUUCUGUUAUAAAUAACAUGAUCUGGCACAGAACAGUAGCCUUUGAGAUUACGCCCGGCGUUAUAUGCCAAACCGAAUUGUCGACAUAUCCUCUAUUUCCUCCAUUUUCGCAUUUUAUAUAUGGUGUUCCUUUUUACUAGAUAGAUAGAUAGAUAAUUUUUAUUAAAGACCCGUCGGGGUCCCAUCAAAGCAAGUUAAAAUAAAUCUACAUGCGAGUUUUAGACGAGGUAGGCCGAAUCUUUACAAAAUGCAAUUCAUAGUUUCUGAAUUAGAAGUCCAAUGAGAAACAUGAUGAUUGAGGGGUAAAAAAACUCAUUGGAAAAAGUUAAAAAUGAUUGGAUUAAUUUUACAGGAGAAAAAACCCCUCUUUAUAAAUAAUAACAGAAAAAAGCGAGCAGGACUGGCCUGUAGGUGGCGGUAUAUAACGGAAUGUUGUCGGUCAUCGUCAGGGUAUCAAUAAAUGUCCGCCUUGAUGGGUACGAAUCUGGGUCAGACAGGAUUGGCUUGCAAAUGGCAUUGUAUACGGGAUUCACAAUUGAGAUCGUCUGGGCCUGAUUGGUACGCCGCGUCAAAGAGGCCAGACGAGAGGAACCGAGAUGCGAUCGGCCACAGCACGCUUCGAGCUCAUCCGAGCAGUGAGGAAGGGAGGUACGACCGAACUACUAGUAAACAGUGAAGACUGAGGGUUCCGCCGUGAGUGUCGACAGACCGCAUGAGGUCGGAACGCGGGAGAUGACAUCAAAACCCGCAAAAAUUGUCGCUAUGGGGGGAAGGAUAACGAUGGAUUUAGAAAUCAAUUCAAAACAGGAGUUUCUAAUGAUAUAAUUAGGAGUUACCACGUAAUCUACCACUAAAUCCCAGGAGGACCCUUCUCGAUGUCAAGAAUCUGAGUGUUCGGGAAUGAGAUCGUUAACAGUGCCUUUAUGCUUUCCGGUGUAAGAUGGUUGCGUAAUUUCGACUUGAAUACCAGUAACCUAGGCGAUAAUCUAAUUUCAGGCGGAAGAUUAUUCCAAAGGAAGGCACAUUUGGAAGCAAAGAAGAGGGAGCGCUUAGAUGUAGUACAAAGAGGCGGCGGAAUGACCGUGCAGGAGUUGCGCGUGGCAUAAGACCGAUCUCUCGGAGUGAGAGUGUCAAUGUGCGGAAGACUGGAGCUAGAGUUGAUGCGAAAAAGGAAGCAAAGGCCAGCUUCGAGUCUUCUAACCCACAAAAACUUCAUGUUCGCCAGCUGACAUCUCUGAGUAUAAGAAAUACUGGACGAAGCUUGAGAGAACAGUUUACGGGUGAAAAUCCUCUGAACAUUUUCGAUUUUAUUACGGUCGCAGGCGUUCAUUAAACCGAAGAAAGGACAGCAAUAUUCCAGGACUGGAAGAACAAACAUUUCAUAAAGUCUUAGCUUCAUUUCCGGAAGGAAAAAAUUAUGCGAUAUGAAUCCACAUACCUGCGCGUCUUUGGCAGAGAUUCUAUCUGCAUGAGGCGAUAAAGCAAGUUUAUUUGUAUAACUUAGACCUAGGUCCUUUAUGGUGAGGCAUUCUGAGAGUGGGUUAUUCUGAAAAAUUAUGGGACCAGGAAGGUUGGCAGGACCAAAAGACAUGAAACUACACUUGGAUGAUGAAAACUCCAUCUGCCAUGUCGAACCCCAUCUGCUUAAGCGUAGUAAAUCGGCAUUAAUUUAUUCAACACAGACAUUUGCGGUGUCCUUAGAGUAUGAGUAAACACAACUGAGGUCAUCGGCAUAAGUAAAAGUUUGCGAAUUUCCGAGUUCAGUCGAAAUAUCAUUGAUGUACAGAAGGAAGAGUAGCGGACCCAGGACCGUGCCUUGAAGUACGCCACUUGUGAUCGAGUGAGGUGUCGAGUAGCUAUUAUCGACCAUGACUUUCUGAUAUCGGUUGGACAGAUAGGACCUGAUGAAGUCGAGUAGAGGCGGCCGGAUGCCGAGAGCUUCCAAUUUUACUAAAAGACGUCUAUGGGGCACCUUGUCAAAGGCUUUGCUAAGAUCAAAGUAAAUAACAACCACUGACUGCCGCUCAUUACGAAGAGAAGUAAUUAGAUUAAGAAAAGCCAAGUGGCAUGUUUCGCAGGAUCGUUCAGGUAAAAACCCAUGCUGACUAGAGCUCAGAAGCCGAUUAGCUAGACAGAAGUCAAGAAUUUCAUUGAAAAUAAUCCUUUCAAGAAGUUUUGCUAGAGACGGCGUUUUGUGCACGCCCCGAUAGUUAUUAACAUCGGACCGAGAUCCUGACUUGAAAACGGGAAUGAUAAUUGACGUUUUCCAUGUUUCAGGAAAGAAUCCUUUUGAAAUAUAAACCGAGAAUAGAUGACUGAGCAAUAUGGGAAAGUCGGACGCUUGCUUAAUAAUCGAAUUCGGAAUCCCGUCCGUUCCUGAGCAGUGGGGAGUAUUUCAAACGGCUUAUAUGUUUCUUAAUGAGAUCUGAGGAGACAUCAAUUGUACUAAGUGUCCUAUCUGAAAGUGAUCGAAAGAAAGGGACCGGAUCGGACUCGGUAGCAAGGUGUUUUGCAAAGAAAGCACUAAACAACUCCGCCUUGUCAGUGUCAUCUGUGAGGAAUACUUUGUUAUCAUUUAGCAUGGGUGGAAGUUCAUGACCACGCUUAGAGUAGGACCGAUGACGGAAGAUGCUAGCGACGGAUUUGCCAGGGUUCGAACCACUGAGAGCAAUUCAUUCUAUUUGCCUGUUGCGCGUUUUGCGCAUCCUUGAGGCCAUCUAAAAAAUCUCUGUGAUUCUAAGAUGAACUGAUAAGGAACGCAGUUUUCGCCUCAACUUUUUUAGUCUGUUCUGAAGAAAAUGAGAAACAAGAGAAUCUGAAGAAUUAGGCUUGAGAUAUCUACGCGGCACAAACUCUAGAAUGUCCUUGGAAACAUUGGACAUGACAUCACGAAGAAUGGUUACAUCGCUACAAGUGAGGAAGCCACACCAAUCCAAGGAUCUCAUAUAGUUAUUUAUUAAGUCGCUAUCUACGCAGUCGUAGUUCAUGAAAGUCCGAACGGCACUUGUCUUUUUUGAAAAGGCAAGCGGUAGGCAACAAUGAAUUAAUACGUAGUCACUGUCAAAGAGGUCCUUUUUUAAAGCAACAGAAAGAGGAGCAAUGUCAUUGGCAAAGAUUAGAUCUAAAAUGUGAUUAUCUCCUGUUGGAGAGCGCACCAGUUGAGACCAAUUAGAAAAAUUGAUAAUAUCUUGAAAGGGCUGGAAUCUGGGUGGGCAGCUAUUGAAAACCCAGUCAAUUUCAGGAAGGUUAAAAUCUCCAGUGAUUAUUUUAAAAUCGAAAGCAGCUUCCGAAAUUAAUUUAAAGAUUUCAGAAAGUUGUGAAUCAUCACUGACUAAAGAAUUUGGGGGAUUGUAGAUACAGCCAAUAAUUGCCUUUCUUUGCGGCGAGAGAAAUAACAGAUGCAAAGCAGAAGUUUCCCGUGAAUGAGGAAACAUCCAAGUAAUAGGGAGAGUGCUUUAGGUAGGAUUUAAGAUAAAGAAGACAACCACCCCCACGCCUAGUCGUGCGGUCUUGGCGGUAAAAAUCGAAGUCAUCUAUGAGAAGGGCAGAGUCAGGAAUUAGAGAAUGUGUCCAAGAUUCUGUUACACAUAUAAUAUCAGGCGUCAUUUCCAGAGCAAUGGCUCUGAUUUGGGCCCUCUUGUUUAUAACAGACCUGGCAUUCAAUAAUAUAAUAUCUAAUGUGUUUCGAACGGCAAUGCUAUUUUCGACGGUAUUUAAAAAAAACUUGGAGGCGGAUAUGUAAGCUGCGAAUUAAUGACACUUAGAGAAUAAGUACCAGUUAAUUUAGAGUUAUUGACGUAUGGGGAGUCAGCAAGAGAAUGCUGCCAAGAAGGUGUAAGUAGGCGUGUUUGAGGUUGUCUUCUUUGUGUUAACAACUUUUCAAAGCACUUUCCGCAUGAUCCGAAUGCUGCCUAAUUUCCGGGAAAUGUCUGUUUUACUUUUGUCUUUCUCUCUCGGCAAGGAUGGGCUAUUCUUGGCUGUAGUUACAAGAACAAAAGUCUACAUCUAGUAACUAUGCACAACUUUAAGAAUUUACAUUUGACGUUGCUAUAAUUACUGCAGUCAAUAAGUUUACUAAAAUCAAUUGGCAUUGAAACAUUUGUCCUAUUAGAUGUCGCUAUUUAUGAGAUACGGCAUAAAUCCAAAACAGAUUGCCAGAGUGUCGCGAUUCCCACCGUUGCUUAUUCGUCUAACAUCAGCCUGUAUUGCCAGUGUUUACUUCCCUGAAACGCGAACAACUUCUAUUAUUUUUUUAGUUAUCUUGUCAACACGCAGAAUUGUCUAUCUAGCCGACCUGAAAGCUCUUGUGACACCUGUCAAUUGGUCUUCCACAACUUUAAGCAUUUUUUUCGUAACGAACAGCGGCCAGGGAUGAUUUUGUAUGCUUAUUUAAUGAGGCACAGCCAAAGUCCCUGUUGACAAUUGUCGUCAGUUAAAUUUGUUGUUGGAAAUAGGCGUAAGACUUUGAGCACCCUAUAGGGUGGAUAUAUCCACAGUGUACAGAGAAUCCCUGUGCGUUAAAAUAGUCCAAAUCGGACUGUAAGUGUAGGGUAAACCGGGCAUGAGUCUGGACAUGCAGCACUCAAGGUUCCUUUUAAAUGUUUCCAUCCAUUUUACAUCACACCGUCCGCUGGGAGAACAUUCCAUGAUUUGGCAACUUUGACAGAGAAGUAGAAGUUGCCUUCAUCCGGCUUUUCCUGCUAAACUAGAAAUGUUAAUGGGCAAACUUUGAACAUGCACGUGGCAGCAAAUUCUCAAAUUCCGUUAAUAGUCAGGUGGUUGUCAAUAGUGCAGCAAUGUUACCUGCUUUUCAGAAAUGCUCGAGAAUUCGCUUAUGAUUUACAGGGUUAAUGUUUUUCGCAUGGAUUUAUAAAGAAAGUAGCUUUGACGCCUGACCAUUUUGGCAACCCGUCCAACGAACUCUCUUGAACCUAUUCUGGUUUCGGAAAUCUCACGAUUUCCAGACCUGUGAUCUGCAUUCCAUAUGCGGACUCACUAAUGUUCGGAAGAUUUCUUGGGUGUGUUACGUAUCAAAAUCCGAAUGAAAUGCUAAAAUAUUUGAGUGUUAUCGCGACAUUACGACUGCGGCACUCUGAGCGGAUAUUUUUAAGGAUUUUUCGAUAGCACAUUGAAGCUCUUGUGGGCGUCCACAUCCUACUAAUGUGCGCUCAUUUAUAAUGUUAGAGUACAGAUGGAGCACGUGUUUAUGCUCAGUGCGAAUCAGUGCCGAAGGAAUGCAGCGCACACUGUUUUAUUAUAUGACAGUUUGUAAGCAAUCAUAGUGUGGAAAGAUAACUUGUCGAAAGAAAAACGCAGUCUUCUUUUGAAUUCACAAACGAUGUUUUGGUUCACCUUCCCGCCUGUUAGUGAGUGACAUGGAAGAACUAGUUCUCUGCUUAAAUAACGUUUGCCAAGGUCUAAUCACACGCGCUCGCCUCCAAACUUGUACGUUUGACCGCUUAGGGGGACUGGACAUAAAAAUUUAAAUAUGUCGUCAGGUUUUGGUGAUCAAAGGUUAUCACCCAUGAUCUCAGAUUUUCAGAGCAGGAUACCUAAUAGGUCCGCGUAAUACAGGAGGAAUAGUCCAGAUCUUUCAACAUAUAAUAAUAAGAAAAUUACUUAAGGCACACAAACGACACUUUACGAAAACAUUUAAUGUUGAGGAAAUUAGUAAAAUACAGAUGGUAAAGUCAGAAAUGCUGUAUUAGUGACCAAAAGUGCGAUAUAGUAAGGAAAUUCCACCACGUAAAGUAUGUAAAACCUUUACGUCCACCUGGUCAUUUUGGCCUUUUAUAUGCGACAUCCUUGAUAAUGAUGAUUUUCGUAAUCUCAGAAUUGGAAAUUCUUCGAAUAAAUGGCGAGUUACUAACGGAGGAGUGUCGAAAAAAUCAGAAAUCGAAAGACAGGGUGCAAUUCAGGUUGGCUCCAGAGGCUCCAGGUUACACUAAAAAAUAUAUUCUCCUUACUCGUUGGCUGCGUCUAUCGUCCUCCCAACGCCAACGACAAUUUUGAUCGUUUACUCUCACAGGCAUUUCAUGCUGCAGCCGACUCAAACUUUAAGUAUCAAUUGGUUGCGGGCGACUUUAAUCUUCCCGAAGUCCGCUGGUCUCCGCCUUCAGGCCCAAGAAGGUUCGAAGGCUUUCUUGAGGCAGUGGAUGUUGGGAUGUGGAGUCGGGUUGUCGAUUUUCCCUAACGAGGCUCAAGCAUACAUGACCUAAUUUUCUGUAGAGGCUGUAUGCCAUCAUCGGUGUCAUCCCUAGGCCCACUCGGGGGCUCAGACCAUGACAUAGUUGUUUCAACGUUGGAAUUCGAGGCUGACAAAACGUCGUCCUCAAAGUAUAGCUUUUUCCGGAAUUUCCGAUCAACUCGCUCAACCGAAUUAUUAACACACCUCAAUUCCUACGACUGGACUGAUUUCUUCCUUGGUUCGGAUGUAAAUGUUUGCACUGCAAAUCUGUAUGAAAUUUUGGAUCCGCUUAUUUCUCGUUUUGUCCCCCGUAAGAAAAUAAUUAAUGUUGGGGAUGAGGUUUUCCUACCCUUACCCUUUCGUCGCAGAUUGCGCAGGUUUUAUCGUCGUUUCCAUCUUCAGAACGAUGUUUCUGUCCUGCCCUUGAUUCAUGAUAUUUUUGAUCGAGCUAAAAUAUUGUCUGUAGAAAAACAUCUGGCCGAAGAGGUCCAGUUUACCGAAAACCAUUCGUUAAAUGUCUCGAAACUUUUCUCUAGAAAAAUACGAACUCAUAGAAAGAAGUAGCAUUCCAUCCUCCGAGACGCUCUCGGAAAUCCCAUAGUUGAUGCCCAGUUAACAGCUGAUAGCUUCAAUGACUUCCUGUCCAAAGCGUUCAUUGAAGACUCGACCACUCCGCUUCCGAACAUCCAGCCAUUGACCGGGGCAGUUCUAGAAACUAUAAGUUUCACUCUGCGGGAUGUGACUGUUGCGAUUCGGCGUUUUCCUCAAUCUUAUAGUCCAGGCCCUGAUGGUGUCCCAGUAAGCAUUUUAAAAGCCGAUGCAAACACGAUCUUCCCAUCCCUCUUUUGCAAGAUAUUUAAUCUUGCUCUUGAAAGUGAAACUUACCCUACCUUGUGGAAGGAAUCACACAUUUUGCCCAUUCCUAAGCACGGCAAAUCUACGUCAUUUGAUGACUUUCGGCCAAUAAACACCCUCCCUGCAGUUUCGAAGAUCUUAGAGACAAUGAUCAAGGAUAAGAUGAUGCGUCACUUAACAGUGAAUAACCUACUGAGUGUUGCUCAGCAUGGAUUCCUCAAAGCUCGAUCUUGUGACACUUGUCAACUCUCUUUCUUUGACUAUGUUCUCUAAUCUAGGGACCAUGGUUUUGCUCUUUUCACAGUAUAUUUCGAUUUCACUAAGGCUUUUGACCGUGUUGACCAUGCUCUUCUUCUCUUGAAACUGUCCUCUUUCGGAAUAGGUGGCAAACUUUUGAAUUUUAUUUCCUCUUACCUGGGCACUCGUGCACAACGCGUUAAGAUUUCCAAUACUACCUCCAACCCCACACGUGUCAGGAGUGGACUCAUUCAGGGUAGUGUACUCGGCCCACUUUUAUUUUGUAUUUUCGUUAAUGAUGUACCCGAUUUAUUUCAGAAUGGUAAGCCUUCCAUGUAUGCCGAUGAUCUUAAAAUUGCAUAUCGAUAUAAGCCGGCAGAUCGUGACAUCGUGCUUGAGCUCCUUACUGAAGGUCACUCCAUAAAUGUGCCCAGGGUUAUAAAUGAUCUGGGUAUAUCAUACUCCAAGAGUCUCAAUCUCUCGGAGCACUGUGACUUGAUAGUCUCCAAAGCACGCAGAACGACCAGGUUUAUCCUCCGAAACUUUAAAACUAGGGACAUCAGAAUGCGCCUUUACGACAUGUACGUUAGACCUGGUCUGGAAUAAUGUUUGUUUUUAUUUAGCGUCAUGCGUGCUACUGAGCGGAAGAAAAUAGAAUCCGUUUAACACUUUUUUAUCAAGAGAAUUUUAACCCCAGAAAACCGACAUUUGUCUUACCAAGAACGUUGCCGGCUUACGGGCUUUGAUCCCUUAUGGUUCCGUAGAUUACAAAAGGGACAAUUUUUGCUAUUUAAACUUUUAUAUAAUCACACAUUUAACCCACUCACUUCUUAAAGACAUCUUAUCCACCCACGACGUAACAGUCACCGUGAGGUCUUCUUAUUUCUGCCUCUGGCACGUGCUGUUAAAUAUCGUCGGUUCUAUUCUGUAAAUGCAAUUGCUAUUUGGAAUAAACUACCCAUGAGUAUGAAAACUCGGCAAAAUUUUCCUUUAUUUAAGAGAACUAUUACUCGAUUUUUGCAUUCAGAAAAGCUUCCUCAAGUUGUGGGUUCUGAGUCCACUGAUCGACUGUACCGUAGGGAUGGCGUUUGUGGUCUCUGAACACUAUGGCCAGUCUCACCAGCUGUUUCUGAACGUCUCUACUUUGACUAUCCCCAACUUCAUGAAAGGAAUUGACGUCCGAUAAUCUCCGAUACCGUGCAACCCCCUCACCCCACUUCUUGACGGUCGAAAAUCUACCGCCAGCAGUUUUUUUUUCUCCUCAACCCUCCAAACCAUAAAAACCACCAUCAACUAUAUUUUUAUUCUUCAGGAGUUUUUUUACCUGCUGGUCGGAUUUGUGUUUAAUCGCUUCCCUUGACAAUGCCUGUAAACUGGCAUUUAAUAAUAAAUUAAAUUAAAUUAAAUCUAACGAUUCCUCAAUUUUGAGAAAUUCCUCAAAAGUCUUCCGAAGAAACUAAGAAAGAGCAGGAUAAAUUCCCACUGACGGUAGGAUGGGAAAAUACGAUUCAUUGAGCAAUGGAGGACGACAUUUCAUUAUGGUGGGUUCUAGGAAUGCUAUAUGGAUGCCAGUCGUGAAAAGCAAAACGUGCUAAAUAGGGGACAUUUAAAAUAGCAGUCGUACUUUCAGUACACAAAGCAAGGGAGCUCUUUCUGAGGGUAGGACGAAAACCGAAUAAAGUUUCAUAGGGCAAACUUAGAGUGGAACCGACAAUGUUGACGAGACCUCGACAAACCAGAGGCCUAAACGCAACUCCUAUGUUAGUUAGCGAUAACCGAAAGAGUGGCCUGAUGGGUGCGUGUCAGCAUAAUCCUGGUUGUUCUUUGACAAAUUAUUUAAGGGGGACAUCGCGUUUAGAGGUCACGAUGCAUGAAGUGACAAACUUAGCAAAAAGACCGGAAUAUCCAAUAAAGAAUUAAAGAUCGAGGCAAUUUAGCGCAAAUUCCUGAAUGCCCAACAGUCCAUCUUCAAAGCCACGGAGGCAAUUGCUGGCAGCCGAUGCCAAAUUUGCUAACAUGGUCGCAGCAGUGGAAUCAAUCAUCAGCCAGACGGGAGUGACAGACGAAACGAUGGACCUCAUUGGACACCAAGUGUCCUCCCUCCUCAUGGCUCAUAGGUCGUGCUUUCCAAGAUCGAGCGCCAUGCACUUAAGGAACUCAGGGCCGACAACGACCUCGUUAUCGUGCCUGCGGACAAGGGGCGUUCAACAGUCGUAUUGGACAGGACAGACUACAAUCAAAACGUCAAAAGCUUGUUGGAUGAUCGUCAGUCCUAUGUCCCAUGUGAAUCCAAUCCCAUGAAAACGCUGACACGCGAGAUUAACGCGACGCUGUUGGCAAUGGAGAACUCAGGUGCAAUAUCGCCAAUCGACCGACGCAUGGCUAAAGCACAAAAAACGCCCCUAACUCGAUUCCACAGUCACCCAAAAGUGCACAAAGAGGGCGCUCCUCUUCGGCCUAUCGUGUCACUAAAGGGCACUCCAACCUACGGACCGGCAAAGUGGCUGUUCCAACGUCUCAAGUUUCUGACCUCCAAUUCGAACACUACAGUCAGAUCGUUAACGCAAUUCUUGGAGAAACUUAGAGGAGUAAGUCUCCUGCCAAGCGAUAUCAUGGUUUGCUCUGAUGUCACGUCCCUUUUUACUUCUAUCCCGCAGGACCUGGCAGUCGAGUCAAUCGAACUACUCCUACGAGAGAAGUACGACGAAACGGAGAAUCGCCUUGGACACGCCCAAAUCAUCCAGCUCCUGAAGUUCUGUCUCAAGACGUACUUUACAUUCGACGAAACAAUCUACGAGCAGGUGAAGGGAACGCCAAUGGGUUCGCCGAUUUCGGGACUCAUAACCGAGGCGGUCCUUCAACGGCUGAACUCGCUGGUUUUUCGACACCACAGACCGAAAUUCUGA